AUGACUCCCGACUCUGAGCUUUUCGGGUCUAUGAGCCGUGCCCUCCUAGGGCUUGCAUUGGCCCAGCCUUGGUCUUGGUGUCUUGAUUGGAUUUCUGGUGUGGCCGGUCUUAGAGGGACGAGCCGGCUUCACAUACCGGCUCCUUUCAUGAGCCUCGGCUCCCGUGUGGCUGCCCUUGAACGUGAGGUGGCCGAGCUUCGUGCCGCUGUCGCCCGCCUGGCGGCUCAACUUGAGGACUCCGAGGCCUCUUCCUUUGACCUUGUGCCUGCCAGUCCCGGCGUGCCCGGCCCUUCUGUGCGACACUCCGUUCUGCCUCGCCUCCUCAACCUCCUCCCGCGGCGGCGCCGCUUGCAGAGAGAUCGGGCUGUUCCUCCGACGGUGCCUGAGCGGCGAACACAGGGGUUUGGGGACUGCAAGCAGCUUGUGAAAGUCGGGUCCGACCUCGGGCUCAGCGUGUGUAUCGGCUUGCCCGCCAGGGGAGACUACGACGGCGAUCCCGUCACAGCUCGCGACGCCCUUGCUGCAGGCGACGAGGCUAUCACUGUUCAAGCGCUUGUGGUGAGGGAGGUGGAAGGGAAGCUUGUGUUGGCUGUGGCGGCUGCAGAAGUUGCUGCCUGCUCCGCCGACGACCGAGGGGCGGCUGUCGAGGGCUUUGCUUUACGAGUUUGGUUCGGCCUGGUGGAGCCUGCGGCCGAAAGCGCUCUGGAGAUUUCGGAGGAGCCUGCUUCCGUGAGCUUCGGCAAUUUGCCAGGAGGCGGGCCCGCUUUUCCUUUUGUGCCGGCCCUUGUUGCUGCUGUGAACGACAGCUACGCUUUUGCUUCGGCCGAAUCCGCGGAGCCUGGCUCCCUUGGCUGCUCGGCUCGAUCGUCUGGAGCGACUCCUGUCCAACUUGCCAGCUGCACAGGCUCUUUGGAUCCUUCUGUGGCGGCUGCUGCGAAAGCCGCGGGGGUCCCUCCUGCCACCUUAGCCGAGUUCGAGAGUCCGAAGCAGAGGUUCUGGAGGAGGAAGAUGGGGACGGCCCUGCCAACGUUGUCUGGGUUGCCGGGCCAAAGCUCCAAGGCCGAGACCAGCCAGGCAGAGCUGUUUGCAACGGCUAUGUUCAGGAUGAUGGAAGGCUACUCUCCAGGUCAGGCGGCCAAGGGCUCAGCCUUGGAUCGUGCCUUGGACGGCGUCGGAGGUGGUACGGGCGAGGUCGCGGGCCUGCCUUCUGGGAGGCGGAACGCCUCGGCUCGACGAGCACUUCGGGAGGCACUCAUUACCUCCCCUGCCGACAUUUCAUCGGUGAUAGAGCGGCUGAUGCAAGAGGACAUGGCCUCCUCCGUGGUGGGGGUGGGCAUGGUCCAGCAGACCAGUGCCAGGGCUUGGCUGGAGCAUCGGUCCCGAGUCGGGCCGUUUCCCACGGCGAUGAAUUUGGCAUGGUGCGCAGCGGGUGCAUUGGAUGCACUGAAGGCAGGCCUCGUGGAGCAAACUCGUGCGAGGCUCAAUGUCAUGCUCAUGGUCAUCGACCAGGAGCAUUCCAGCAGCAGCUCCUCCAGCCUGGCGUACUCAAGGGAGCAGAUGGAUUUUUCAGAGCGCCGGCAGAAGCUUCAAAAAGGGCAGGCUGCCAAUACGAAUCAAGAGACUCCGGCCGAGACCGCCGACGGAGCUGCAGCCACCCCGGCGCGCCCCGCCCGUGUACCAGGGGAUCGCGCUCCUUCGUUUUCCGUGCCUGGGCUGCUGAAUUCCCUGCCUCGCCUACUGCUUUCAAAGGCCGGCCUUUUUGCUCGUUUUCUCCGCAACAUGUUCGAUGAGGGGCUGCAACCUGCCUCUACGCCCUCGGUGUGGCCUUGCCCUUUGCCUUACCCUGAGGUUUUCCGCCGACCGUGCGGGCACGACAGUUGGAAGCUCAUCCUGCUGAACCUUUGUGUCGCCGUCCUGUCCUGGUUGUACCUCGGCAAGCCGGUGUCGUGCCCCCGCGAAAUCAGGGCUGGGGCAAAGCUCAACAGGUGCCAAGCUGAAACGGUGAAGCGCCUGCGGGCCGCUCUCUUUGGCGACUUUUUUCCUUUGAAGUUUUCGGCCGGCGAUCUUGGCCGGCGCGCUGCCAAGGUCGAAGGUCACUGUGAGGUGUUGGGUGCCCUUGCGAGAGCCGCUUCUUCUUUGGCCUCAGCCUUCGGCGGGUACCUAGGCCCCACUUCUCUCGCGUCUUCUGUUGCUGCACAGCCUGCCGCGGCCGUCGGAACCUUGCCGGGCCUUCCUGCCACCAAUGCUCGGCCAAUCCAGGCUGAGGAGCGGCUGUUGCUGCACCGUGCCCUGGCUGACUCCGAGCGCGUUGUGAUCUCAACUCACCCGCCUGGGCGAGAAUCCUUCGGUGCAGGGUUGUUCUGUGUGCCGAAGUCGGCCGAGAAGGACAGGUGGAUACUUGAUGCCCGGCCGGCGAAUUGCCUCGAAAAAGCCUGCUCCAGAUGGACCCGAACCCUAGCCUCAGCCUGUGCGGUCUCUUCUGUGAUCCUUGCACCGGAGGAGGCGCUGUUGAUAGCAGGGGCAGACCUGAAAGACUGUUUUUAUCAAUUCGUGGCACCGCCGGGCCGGAUCAGGCGAAACCUGCUCAACGACUCGCUCUCCCAUGAGGAGGCUGCUUUUGUGUUUCGGGUCCCCGUCUCGGCUUUCAGUGCCGGGCCCGCCCGUGUUCAUGUCGCCUUCUCCAGCCUGGCUAUGGGCGACUCGUCGGCAUGCGAAUUCGCCCAAUGUGCCCACUUGGGUGUGUGCCUCCGCGGCCGUGCUGUUCCUCCGGGCGAGCUGUUGGUGCAUGCUGUGGCUCCGCCGAGGGGCUUGCUGAGCGUCGGGCUGGUCAUCGAUGACCUCAUUUUCCUCGAGAGGGCCCUCGCCACCGACUUGCCCGACAUCAGAGCCAAGAGGACCAAACCGGUUGGCCGCGCCAGGCUCGAAGCGGCCCUCGAGGCCUACCGAAAGGCCCCGCUUACCGUCAGUGAGGAUAAGGUUUUCUCUGAUGCCACCAAGGGCUCUUUCUGGGGGGUGACGGUGCAUGGCGAGAGCGGUUGGGUGAGACCGAAUCCCGAGAGGCUCUGGCCCCUCGUGCUGAUCACGAGCCGUGUGCUGCAGCUUGGCCUGUGCACUGCCCAGCUCCUUGAAAGCUUGGUUGGGUCCUGGCUGUCGGUGUUCCUCCUCCGAAGGCGGCUGCUGGCUAGCAUGGUGCAUGUUUUCACCGCCGUGCGAGGUUUGAAGCCUCUCGGCUCUGCCACCCGUGCCUGCCUCAGCAACUUCCCCUGCCGUCAGUUCGUGUGCAAAGGCGGGCUCCCCGAUUUGUCCCGACCCGGAGCUCUGGACUUGUUCUGCGGAGCUGGGGGUGUCGCUCGGGCUCUACUUCGGCAUGGCUGCCCCUGGGUGUUGACUUUUGACCUGCACCGGGCUGCAAGCGAGGAUUUGACUGACCCUGUUCUGCAAAGGUGCCUCCUCUCUUUGGUCAAGGAUGGAGCGUUUCUCGUUGUCGGUGCUUCCCCUCCGUGCUCUUCCUUCAGCCGCGCAACUGCUACGCCCACGCGCUCUGCCGCACAGCCUGAGGGUCUCGACCACCUUGCCCCGACUGCGUUUGCCAAGGUCGCCCGCGACAACCGUUGGAGUGUCUGGCUGCUCCAGGUCAAAGCCGCCGCCGCUGAAGCCGGUGCCCGCUACUGGUUUGAGAACCCUGACCUUUCUUUCCUGUGGCGUAUGCCUGGCUGGGAAACCGUGCGGGUGCCCCUGGCGCAAGAGAACCAGGAUAGCAACGAAUACUUCGUUGGCUGGUGCGCGGCUCCUGUGCCCCGCGGCCGGCCACCACAGACUUCGCGGCUACUCGAAUCCCACCGUAAGCCUUGCACUUUGGUGGCUCGGCAUUUUCCACGUGGACUUUGUGAGCUGCUGGCUUUGUCUUUGUGCGCCGGUGCCGGUUGGACUGAGGACCGCGCGCUUGACCCCUCUGCCUGUGCCAAGCUCCCGUUGAACUGUCGCAUCGGCGAGGCCUCUCACCCUGGUCCGAGGCAGCCAUCUCGCCGUCCUCCCGUGCCCGGUGGUCUUUCCGGGGCCCCCUUGCACUCUGCCACGUCCUCCCGGCUCGGGUUUCUUGCCUGGGCCGCUUUCCUCAAGUGGGUGCACGGCCACGUCCUCUCCUCCGACCCUGUGUCGUCGUUCGUCGUUUGCCCCCCGCUUUUAGCCAUGGCCCUCCGCGCUUAUGGUGAUUUUCUGUAUCAAACUGGAGGCUCGCUGCAGAACUUCAGGUACACCAUGGUCGCGGCACAACGCCUUACUUGGGGAAUGAAGGGCCAGCUUGGGCCCGCCUGGGAGAUGGUGUCGAGAGCAGCCGGUGGUGCAUCGUACACGUGCGAGCGAUGGAUUGGCGAGGUGAUCAAGACGAGACGGCGGUCCUUGCUUCUGCCCAGCGACCACAUGGGUGGCUUUUGUGCUAUCUUCGUGAAGCUGGAAAGGCCCAAGACCGCUGGGAGAGGCGGGCCUCGUACUCAGCACUUGCGUGUCGAUUUUUCGACAGCGGUCGAGCUGGUUAGCUGCGCGGUCGCUGGACUGGAUUGGGAUGACCCUGUUUAUCCUUUCGGCCCCGCCGUUUACAGACGCCGAUGGGACAUGUUGCUGGGUUUACUGGGCUUGGACCGCUGCGAGCUGACGCCUGGCGGUUUGCGUGGUGGCGGUGCCGUUUGGGCCUACCACCACGGCACCGCCAUUGCUGAUAUUCAGUGGCGCAUGCGCUUAAAACACCAGCAUACAUUGGUUCACUACCUUCAGGAAGUGGCCGCCCUCAACGCGCUCCUUGAUGCUGGUGCUGACUCCCGCGUGCGCCUUCGGCAAGUAGCGGAGCUCUUUCCUUUUGUGGGUGCUUAG